GGCAUCACCACCACUCUGAUCCGACGAAACCGGCGGCAAAAUGCGCGCGCGCAACGGAUCCCGUUUCCGUCGACCCUCUCCCUCUCCCCAGUUCGAGAUAGCGAUUGGAGUCCGGAGCGAGCGCUGCUCGGAUCGGAUUGGGUCCGUGGAGGCGAGCGCACAAUUUCUCGUUUGAGCAUGGUUAGCACAAUAAAGGUCCACAAUGUCUCACUUGAAGCAUCAGAACAAGAUAUCAGGGAGUUCUUUUCCUUUUCCGGUGUCAUCGUACAUGUUGAAAUGCAAAGUGGUGACGAGCGGUCUCAGUUUGCCUACAUCACCUUCGAAGAUGACGAAGGAGCAGAGAGGGCUAUGCUUCUCACGGGUGCGACUAUAGUGGAUAUGUCUGUCAUCAUAACACCGGCCACUAAUUAUCAGCUGCCGGCAGCCGUUUUAGCUGAUAUUGAGUCUAAGAACGCUGGUGGCAUGGAAUCUGCACUUCGGAAGGCGGAGGAUGCUGUUGUUUCCAUGUUGGCCAAAGGAUUUGUCCUUGGGAAGGAUGCCCUUGAAAGGGCCAAGUCUUUUGAUGAAAAGCAUCAGCUCACAUCCACCGCAACUGCGAAAGUUACCUCGCUUGAUAGGAAGAUGGGUCUAAGCCAGAAGUUCAGCACUGGUACCUUAGUGGUAAAUGAGAAGAUGAAAGAAAUGGAUCAGAAAUACCAGGUUGCAGAGAAGACCAAAUCAGCAUUAGCAGCUGCAGAACAGACAGUCUCUACUGCUGGCUCUGCAAUCAUGAGUAACAGAUACAUCCUUACAGGGGCAGCAUGGGUAACCGAUGCCUAUAGCAAGGUUGCAACCACUGCAACUGAUGCUGGAGCAAAAUCAAAGGAAAUGGUGGUGGCUGAGCAGGAUGACAAGCAUCAAGAUGAUAAACCGGCAAAGGACUAUUCUCCUAUAAGCUCUAAAGAGUUUGUACAAGAGGGCAAGCAUCAGGAAGGUGAACGACCAAAGAAGAACAUGCCAGAAAAACCUGAAAUGGGUAAACGGGAGCUGGAAAAUCAGGAGGCCGCAAUCCCAACAGCCCAUGCGCAAGAAAAUGCCCAAAUAACCGGGAAGGAGCAUAAGCAUCAGGAGGCUGAUUUACCUAAGGCCGAUAUACCUGGAAGUUUCACGAUGGCCGCGAAAAGUGAAAAGCACAGGAACCCGUACAGCGAAUUGUCGAAAACCCAUAUCCCAGGAAGCCCUGCAACGAUUCCUGUCUGCACGGCCACUACUGAUGUGAACAGUACCAAAACUCCAAAGAAGCCAGAGAAUGCCGAGGGAUUCAUCUGAUGAUGUGUUCGAUUCAAAGAAUGUAAAUAUGGAUGUGGGAUGCCGGUGAUGUUUUUGAUUCAGCUUAUAAUGUGGAACUUGCCAUCUUUCAGAUAUCGUUCACAAUUGUUUCCAGAUUUUAAGAUUGUAAUGAUCACCUUUUCGUUACUGUUUUUGUGCAGUUUUGGUCCACAUUUGUAUUCUAGGUCCCUUUUUUAUGCACUACUUUCUUAUAUGUGAAACAAACUGUGCCGGCAGUUGUAUCCUUAGAACAAAUCAAGUAUGCCGUCUGUUUGUUGCCCGCUCAAA